CAUUUGCUCUCACCAGAAGAUCAUGCCUACAUGAACAUAACCCUGCCCUUUUCGCACAGGAAAACGAACUUUGUGCCGGGCUGUAAAUUCGAAGCGCAGUGUUGCUCUCCCGUUAUGUGCUCAAAUGCGCUCUAUGCAACCCGACAGAAAUAUGGAGUCAUCUGUCUUGACUGAGUCACGACACCGCUGCGUCCCGGAUUUCAAAAGUUUUCUCAAGGCUCGCAUGCAAUUGUCUUGCACAUUCAUAUCUUGGCCGACCCGGAGAUCCUCCUUCAUCAGCAUCAGCAUCAGCAUCAGAAUCAGCAUUAGCAUUGCCGUCAUCAUGUUCGUGAGACUUCUCCCCAUCGACACUCAAUCGAGGUCUACCACCAAAGUCCGGAUAUCAAACGCGCGACCUGUGGCAGCCACAGCUUUCGAUCACUCAACGACGAGCUCGACGGUAUCUAGUUGUCCAGACUUGCACUCGCCAUCGGAAUGUUUUAUCGCACUAGAAAGUUCAAGAGACCAGGCAUGCGAUAUCCAGCACACAAUAAAAUAUCUCUGGACCGCUUUAACAUACGACAUAUCUCCCGCCAGAUUUACGUUGCGCAACUUGAGUCGCAAAGAGCAAUCAGAUAUCAGAUUUCUUCGCUCGCAAAGUCUGAUCAACAAAUUUAUCAAAGUCCUCAACGCCGAUCUGGAUAUGAACCUCAAAUUCAAUAUCAGGGGCGCCAUCAAGCUGAAUGUCGUGGCUACGAUUAUUCAUCGCGAGAAAAGGUAUCUGGCGCAUUUCCUCAAAAUGUGGGAUAUACUGGAGCCGCAUUUGCACCAACUAGCUUUUUGCGGGAUUGCGUGGUCCAAGGAGGUUUUCGAUCUGCUGGAGUUGAUGCUGCAGACUAUGCGACGAUUGCAAGAUCAGCUUUGCGAUGUGCAUCACGACCUUCGCAAUUUUCUGGACUCUCGAAAAGCUUGUGCGACACAAAAUCUGGGAUUCGCAUCAGCAAGCUUGAGUGCGAGUACUGGGUAUGCAGAUUCUCAGUUAUAUUCGGGCUUGCGAAAGCGUGGCAGUGGGUCAGUGAGGGGUUCUUGCAAAUCGUCAAGUACUGCAGAUAGCAGCUUCCUGUUGAACCAAAGACAAAUGGCUAGAUGAGAGCGGGGUUGAAUGAGUUGCUCGUGAAAGAGGAAGUGGCAGCUUGCCUUGAGUGGGCCUUCCUUCGAUAAAAACCAGAAAACACACACUUUGCACUCCACUGAACCGACAAGAAAAACAGUUCUCUCACCCUGAUCGCAAUUUCCAUCAGCCAAUCCGCAAAGCUGUCAACAUACACAAACAUAUUGAGAUCUGAGACAUCGGCCAGCAAGAUAACAGGGGUUUCUAUGCACCCGACGGGUGCUUCAUCAAUCGUCAAAACCUUCAU